AUGAGCGAACCCACCCACAACGUCGAUGCUCUCAUUGUGGGCGGCGGCCCAGCCGGCCUUACAGCCGCUCUGACGCUUGCCCGUCAAGACUUCAGCUCCGCUAUUUUCGAUUCUCAAACUUACCGCAACGAUGCUGCCAACUUCAUGCACUUAAUCCCCGGAUUCGACCACGUCCAGCCAUCCGAAUACCGUGGCAAGGCUCUGGAAAACAUCCUCGCCCGAUACAAUCAGAUUGCUAUACAUAAUGUGAACAUCGUCAAAGCAGAAACUGCCACGUCGGGUGGUUUCACCCUUACUGAUGAAACUGGCAAGACUUGGUCUGGAAAGAAGCUCAUUUUGGCCAACGGAGUCGAAGAUAUCUUCCCUGAGAUCGACGGUUACGCCGAAGCAUGGGGAACUGGAAUCUUCCACUGUCUUUUCUGUAAAGGGUACGAAGAGAAGGAUGCCGAGUCUGUCGGUGUCCUUGCUAUCGGUAGUGUCGCCAACGUCCCUCUCGCACUGCACGUCGCACGACAGGCCUCCUCUUUCAGCAAAUCGGUCACGAUCUACACAAAUGGCUCCGAUGAUCUUGCCAAGAAGAUCGAUACGGUAAUUGGAAAAGAGAGCAAGUUCCGAACAGAAGCUCGGAAAAUCACUUCUGUGUCUAAAGUCAACCCAAAGGUUACUCUGGAAGACGGCACCAGUUUGGUUGAGGGAUUCCUUGCACAUACCCCUGAAACGAAGUCUCGUGGCUGCUUCAUUGAUGAUCUUGGAUUGGAAAAGACUCCUAAGAAUGAUAUCAAGGCUGGUCCACCGUUCUUCCAAACCAGUGUCAAGGGUGUCUUUGCUGCUGGCGAUAGCUGUGGGUUGAUGAAGAAUGUGCCAAACGCAAUAUUCUCCGGCUCUUUGGCUGGUAUGGGUGCUUCAUUCCAGUUGUCUGCGGAGUCUGUGGGACAGCAGUCGUUGUUUGGAUAG